AUGUUGAGCAACAGUGUUCUUAAAUAUUUGUUAUUUAUUUCAUUCAGCAUUGGAAUUUUUUCCUCACACAAUGAUCAAGCGAAGAUAUUAGCCAAUUCGGUCAGAGUCUUAUUGGAAGCGAUUGGUAAACCGGGUCGUUUAACAGUGAUGGCUUGUUGGCCUUCGGACUUUUCAUUUCGUUUCUACACGAGCAUCAAUAAUGCCAACGAAAGUUAUCAAAUCGUCAUCACACAAACUGAUUUCAUAAAUGUGUCACGGGACUCGACCAAAGAACAGCAUGAAUUUAUAUUGAUCGAUUUUCAAUGUAAUGGAGCUGAUACAAUUCUACUGAGUGCAAAGGAGAAAUGGAUAAAUUAUUUUUGGAUCAUAUUUGAUAUGCAGAUGUCCAUAGAGACAGAAGAAGCAUUCUGGUCUGUUUCACGGAAUUUGCCGAUUUUAAUCACAAGCGAAGUGUAUUAUGUGAAAUCACAAAAUAUCUUCGAAAAAAUUGUUGUACAACAAUUGUAUCGAACUGAUGUGUUGAUGCCAUUAAUUAUCGAAGAAUUUGGUGAGAUCAUCAAUGGUCUAUUCAUUGACUAUCGCCGUACGACCAUAUCCUCACGAAGACGACAAAAUUUGUUUGGUUUACGUUUGAAAGCGUCCAUGGUUGUUACGAAUAACGAUACGUUAAAUCAUCUAACCGACUAUCGCGAAACUCAAACUGAUCCAUUAUCGAAGGUUAAUUAUAUUCUAACGCAAUUUCUGAUGUCAUACCUAAAUGCAACGGCUGAAUAUUUAAUAGUGUCGUCAUGGGGCUACAAAGAUGAUAAAACUGAAGAAUGGAGUGGAAUGGUUGGACAAUUAGUGCGUCAAGAAGUUGAAUUAGGAGCAUCGCCUUUAUUCAUGACCGUGGAGAGAGUUCCAAUUAUUCAAUAUAUUGCAUCUCCUACUAGAACCGGUUCUCGCUUCAUACUCCGAUCGCCGAAAUUAUCCUAUACUGAUAAUGUAUUUUUACUGCCAUUCGAUGAUUUUGUUUGGUAUUGUCUCAUUGUUCUGGUUAUUGUAACCGCGAUAUUUUUGAUCAUAUCUGUUUUCAUCGAAUGGAAAUACGUAUCGAAUGGCAUGGAUGCGGAUUCCUCUUCCGAUUUACGACCUUCAGUUAGUGAUAUAUUUUUUGUAAUUUUCGGAGCAGCGUGUCAACAGGGAUCGGCUGCUAUUCCACGAUCGGUUGCUGGUCGAAUUAUAUUGGCCGUUGCAUUUACCAUUUUAAUGUUUUUGUACACAAGCUAUUCGGCAAAUAUUGUGGCUUUAUUGCAGUCACCUUCAACCAAAAUCAAAACACUAAAAGAUUUGUAUGAAUCACGGCUGGAUAUAGGUGUCGACGAUACUGUCUUCAAUCGUUACUAUUUCUCGCAUGCCGAAGAGUCAAUGCGCAAGAAAAUAUACACGGAAAAGGUGCUGAAGAAAAAUGGACAAGAUAAUUUUAUGAGUUUGGAAGAAGGCGUACAAAGAGUAAGGCAAGGAUUAUUCGCAUUCCAUAUGGAGCUUUCGCUUGGCUAUAAAGUGAUGAGUGAAACAUUUUUUGAGGAUGAAAAAUGUGGAUUAAUUGAAAUCGCCUAUCUCCAGGUUACAGAUCCGUGGUAUGCCAUCAAAAAAAAUUCAUCGUACAAAGAAUUAUUUAAAAUUGGAUUGAUGCGAAUGCAUGAGCAUGGAAUAACUGAACGGGAAAAUACGCGAAUGUAUACAAAAAAACCGAGAUGCACAGGUACUGGCGGAAAUUUCAUUACGGCAAGUUUAGUCGAUACGAAACCAGCUUUAUUGGUAUUGCUGUGGGGUUACUUGAUGGCACUCAUGGUACUUGGGGUUGAGUUUUUCAUAAAAUCCAUUAAGGAAAAAGGAAACUAA